GCAAACAAAAAUAAUAACAAUGUCGAACUGUCAUGACUGUCAGUGUCAUCAUGCCGUUAGCGGCGUUCAACAAACUCUGGAUGAGCUGGAGUUCGAACGUGGUAUUUGGGCUGCGGCCCACUGCGGGGACUUGGACAGGGUUGAACAGUUGGUUAAGUUUAAAGGUGAAUGUGUAGACAGACCUGAUAAAGCCGGGUACACGGCCUUGCAUUAUGCGGCGCGAGCGGGUCACUUGGAAGUCUGCAAGUUCCUCCUAAAGCACGGGGCUUUCGUUGAUGCCACAACCAGGGCCGGCCUUGCGACUGCACUUCACAGAGCUGCCAGCACAGGUAAAUUGGAUGUGGUCCGAUUGUUGAUAGCGCACAAGGCAAAUGCGCGUCUCCAGGACGCUGACGGAAAAACGGCCCUGCAUCGAGCCGCCGAAAAGCAAAACGGCAACAUCUACCAAGAAAUCUUAUCGUAUGCGCCCAAUCUAAGCGACGUUCGAGAUAACAAAUCCAAACUCGCUUCAGAUUACUUACACUGAACUAAUCCAAUUUAGAAAGUAUCCGCUUCUUAAACUCUUAUUACUAACAAGUGAUCACCUCCUCCCCGCCCAAAAAAAGGAAAUUUAAAUCCUAAUUUUUUGAAGAAAGAAAAACACUAAUCUUAAUGUU